AUGGACAAUCCUAAGAAGGCCAUGUCAUACGAUGGCCACUCAUCUGAGAGCGAGUCACGGAAAAUGUCUGGCGGCAAGAAGCGCCCCUCAAGAGCAGGAACUCGCAGCGUCAACACUCUUACCGCUGCGCAGCUGGAGCGGAAGCGGGCCAACGACCGAGAAGCACAGCGGGCCAUCCGCCAGAGGACCAAGGAUCACAUUGAAUCUCUCGAGCGCCAGGUCCGCGACCUUCAAAGCCAGCUGGAGAGUAGCUCCUCCUCCAAGAUGAUUGAUAUCAUGCGCCGCAACGACGAGCUGGAGCAAGAGAAUGCCAUACUUCGCGCACGCAUGGGCCACGGGCCUUCCACUCUGGGCGUCCCAGAGCACAACACAGCAGGCGCCCCCUCGCCCAGUGAUCGCGUCCAGAUGCUCAGCCAGCCGCGCAGGUCGUCCACUGGAACAGCACGCAGCGUUCACUCAGUUCCUGAUAUUGCGACGCCCGCUUCCCAGACCAGCCACUGGCAAACACAACAUGCAUACGCUCACCAUGUUUCUUCACCACAUGGCGAGGCGCCAGCGCCCAUGGACGUCCCAUCAUCUCAUCAUGACGCACGAUGGAGUCCUCACCCCUCAUCGCAUGCUCAGCACCACGCAGUUUCGAUUGCAGAGCAUCCCUCAGUCCACGCCGUGGAGCCCUACCCUAGCCCCUACGGCUUGGAGAGCAACACGCGAGCUAUGUCAUAUCCUCUCGACAAUGCACCGCUUGUCACUUCUCAGCCUAUGCAAAUGACAGGCUACGGAACACCAACUUCGCACCCUUCGCCGCACGCAUCUGAUUACCAGCGACACAUGAGCGUUCCAAUGAACCACCAGGCGCCUCCGCAACACCCACACGCGCAACAUCAAACUUCCGCACCGUAUCCCGCAUACGCUCAUCAGGGCUACGCACCGCAAGUCAGCCACCCUGGAGAGAUGCCUAUGAUGGCUCACGCGCCUCACUCGCACCCUCCGCCUCAGCCGCAGAUGAUGGGAGAGCCUGGACAACACAUGAUGUACAUGCAGCCCAACAUGAAGGUUGAGCAUUGA